UCUCCCGUAGACAGGGAAGGCUGCUAGAGCUAGGCCGCAGUGAAGCCGCGGGCUGGAGUUAGCGAAGGGCCCAAGGAUGGGCUCCCUGCUGCUGGCUCUCCGGGGCCGCCGUGUCGGGUCUCUGGGGUGCUGGCGCUCAGUAUUAGGGAGCUGGAGAGUGCCUGGCCGGGGGUGGAGGAGCAGCGGGUCCUCGGAGCAGAUCCUACAGAAUUUGCUCUUUCACAGGCUGUCCCCAACAUAUCAUGGACUACGUGGAUUAUUAAUUAAGAAACAUCUGAUUCAAGACCCAAUUCGCAUCUGGAGACUUUUAGGUGGUUUUAAUUAUUUCAGUACUUCUGAACCCAAGAAUAAAGAAAAUAAGAAUGAAGAUGCAAAAGGGAAAACACCACCAGAGGACGAUGAGGAGAAAAAGCGGCGCGAGCGGGAGGAUCAGAUGUACCGUGAGAGACUUCGAACCCUCUUCAUCAUUGCCGUGGUGAUGAGCCUCCUUAACUCCCUGAGUACCAGUGGAGGAAACAUCUCAUGGAAUGACUUUGUAAAUGAAAUGCUGGCCAAGGGGGAGGUCCUACGUGUACAGGUUGUCCCUGAAAGUGACAUUGUGGAGAUAUACCUGCAUCCCGGCGCUGUGGUUUUUGGCCGACCUCGCUUAGCUCUCAUGUAUAGGAUGCAGGUAGCCAACAUAGACAAAUUUGAGGAAAAGCUCCGAGCAGCUGAGGAUGAGCUGAAGAUUGACAUAAAGGAUCGUAUUCCUGUCUCCUACAAGCGCACUGGCUUUUUUGGAAAUGCCCUGUAUGCAUUGGGCAUGGCGGCAGUGGGUGUAGCCAUCUUGUGGUACAUAUUCCGUCUGGCUGGAAUGGGCGGACGAGAAGGAGGCUUUGGCGCUUUUAACCAGCUGAAGAUGGCUCGUUUCACAAUCGUCGAUGGGAAGUCUGGCAAGGGGAUCAGUUUUAAGGAUGUUGCUGGGAUGCACGAGGCCAAGAUGGAAGUCAAAGAAUUUGUGGAUUAUUUGAAGAACCCAGAACGCUACUUACAGCUUGGGGCCAAAGUACCAAAAGGAGCUCUGCUUCUUGGACCCCCAGGCUGUGGAAAGACCCUGCUAGCCAAGGCUGUAGCUACAGAAGCUCAAGUGCCCUUCCUGGCAAUGGCUGGUUCGGAGUUUGUGGAGGUGAUAGGAGGUCUUGGCGCUGCCCGAGUGCGCAGCCUCUUCAAGGAAGCACGCACCCGAGCCCCUUGUAUCGUCUAUAUUGAUGAGAUUGACGCUGUAGGGAAGAAACGCUCUACCAACAUGUCUGCGGUUUCCAAUACAGAAGAGGAGCAGACGCUGAAUCAGCUGCUGGUGGAGAUGGAUGGGAUGGGUACCACUGACCAUGUUAUAGUGCUGGCAUCCACGAACCGAGCAGAUAUUCUGGACAAUGCGUUGAUGAGGCCUGGGAGACUGGACAGACAUAUAUUUAUUGAUCUCCCCACCCUACAGGAGAGGAGAGAGAUCUAUGAGCAGCACCUGAAGAGCUUGAAGCUAACACAGCCUGGGUCCUUCUACUCUCAGCGUCUCGCUGAACUCACACCUGGAUUUAGUGGAGCAGAUAUCGCCAACAUAUGCAAUGAAGCAGCUCUGCAUGCUGCCCGGGAGGGGCACCAGUCAGUAGAUACCUCUAGUUUUGAAUAUGCUGUUGAGCGAGUGAUUGCAGGGACAGCCAAGAAGAGUAAGAUCAUGUCCAAGGAGGAGAGGUGUGUGGUUGCUUUCCACGAGUCCGGUCAUGCUUUGGUCGGGUGGCUGCUUGAGCACACAGAGGCUGUGAUGAAGGUAUCCAUAGCACCGAGGACUAAUGCUGCUCUCGGAUUUGCACAAAUGCUACCAAGAGAGCAGUUUCUUUUCACUACGGAGCAGCUGUUGGAGAGGAUGUGCAUGGCACUGGGAGGCCGAGCUUCUGAGGCUAUUACCUUCAACAAAGUCACCACGGGAGCUCAGGAUGACCUGAGGAAGGUGACACGGGUCGCAUAUUCCAUGGUGAAGGAAUAUGGCAUGGUGCCUAGUAUUGGUCAGGUGUCUUUUCCAGAUGAGUCCACAUCUGGCAUCGGGAGACGACCCUUCAGCCAAGGGUUGCAGGAAAUGAUGGACCGGGAAGCUCAGCGGCUUGUGUCAUCCUCAUACAGGCGCACUGAAAAAUUACUACUGGAAAACCGAGACAAGUUGCAAGCGCUGGCCAAUGCAUUAUUGGAGAGAGAAGUUAUUAACUACGAUGACAUUGAAAAGUUAAUAGGUCCUCCGCCUCAUGGACCCAAAAAGAUGAUUGCCCCUCAGAGUUGGAUUGAGGCAGAGAAAGACAAACAGGACAAUGGAGAAGAUGAGCCUCGUAGGCCCCCACGACCUAAGACAGAGGACGAGGAGGAAGAACCAAACAUGACACCAGCCUGAAAUCAGAACUCAACUUUGAUGGUGUAAAACCAUUAUCAAUGGACUUGCAAUCACUGAAACUAUGAAUGCUCUUCUGAUGUCUCCCUAAUUGGGGAUGUCAUCUAUGGAGUUUGACACCUCUAUCCCAAAUCUGUCUGUGACAGCUCCAAAGAUAACCAGCUAGAUGUUCUCCACCAAUACCUGGGAGGCAACCUGGUUUUAUUGCAUUGUUUGAAAAUAUACUGUCUCGAAAAGAGCCCAAUAACAUAACUGAAGAGGUGGUGUUAUUUCUGUACUCAUGCAUCACCUCGAUUAUGUCCAUUUUAAAAUGAAAAAUGCACUUCCCAAGUAUUUUUGAUAUUAUGUCCGCUUGGCUCCUGUAUUUAACCUCUAGUGUGAGGUGUAAAAAAUGAAAUAAAAUUAAAAAUCCACACCUCCUUAUCCUGCAACUGGGCGCCUCCAUCUUGUUUUUCUAUCAGUCAUUGUUGCCCUUUGCACCAGGCACUCUGCAUACAGUAAAGGGGAGAAAUUAAACAGUGUUUCUAUUUCUCCUCAUUUGCAUCUUAAGCCCUGGCUGUGCCUGGACUGAACUGGAUUGUGAUGUCACUUGCCUAAUCUGUAUUCUAAAUAAACAGUGCCUCAUAAAAAAA